AUGAAAUACAAAAGACGCUAUGGGAAAAAAAAGAAAGCUACAAGAAAGAGGACAAUUUUAAUUCCUUAUUAUCAAGCAUCCUUAAAGGAAAUUAUGCAAGACCUUAAGAUAAUUGACUUCGAAAACCAUCAAUUACUGCCAAAGGAAGAGCCAAAACAAAAAAUUAAAAAGCCAAUAAAAAUUACUGAUGAAAAAGUUGCCAUAGAAAGCUUAGUCAUAUUAAGUCAGUCUGCAGAGAAAACUGAAGCUCCAAAGCCUGAAAUUCAACUGGCUCCUCGACCUCAACCUCAGCCUCAACCACAGCCACAAUUCAACCUUCAGCAAUUCUGGCAAUAUUAUCCAUAUUUUCUCUACCAGAACUGCGCGUAUAAUAUGGGCCAAUUUGGAUGGUAUUAUAAUUAA